CGGCGGCGGCGAGAAACACGACACCCGAGAGGAGAGAGAGAGAGGGCCGGGGGGAGGAGACAGCGAGCACUUUCAGACUAGGGAGAGUGGAGGAAGGAAAAAAAGUCGGUGUGAAAGAGAGAAUGGGAAACUGACUGAUACACUGCGAAUGGCGAGCCUCGGGAGAGCAGAUGACAAACUAACACAAGGAUAAAAUGUUGCGAGAGUCUUGAGCAGAGUAACACAGACGCUGAGAAACAGACAGAGAGAGUGCUGCUGCUCCGCCGCCGUGUUUGGGAUUGUAUCGAUCGCUCGCGGGACAGACGGGAAAGCGCUGUUUCGGAACUCCGCUGCACCCCGUCCCGUUGCGCCAGUGGAAGUACUGAACCGCUUUCCAAACUCGGCGCUGUCGGUUAGAGGAUCGCGUAUAGAGGCCGGACACCGUACAGCAGGAGCGCUGAACAUCGGACAAAAGUUUGGCCUUUUGGAGACGGGGGUCCGGGAGAGGCCGAGUCUCGCCGCUGCUGAACUGACAACUUAAGCCAGCUUUGCCGAGUGUUCGGGGCAGAUAACUUUCAGCAUGAAAACCCCCGGGGACUCGGGGUUUGCGUUCCCAGACUGGGCCUAUAAGCCCGAGUCGAGUCCAGGCUCCAGACAGAUCCAGCUGUGGCACUUUAUCCUGGAGCUGCUGAGGAAGGAGGAGUACCAUGAUGUGAUUGCCUGGCAGGGAGACUAUGGGGAGUUUGUGAUCAAAGACCCUGAUGAGGUGGCCAGGCUGUGGGGCGCACGCAAGUGCAAACCUCAGAUGAACUACGACAAACUCAGUAGAGCUCUCAGGUAUUAUUACAACAAGAGAAUUCUACAUAAAACUAAAGGAAAACGCUUCACCUACAAGUUCAACUUCAACAAGCUGGUCCUUGUCAACUACCCUUUCAUUGACAUGGGCUCUACAGGAGCGGCUGUCCCUCAGAGUGCUCCACCAGUGCCUACAGGUCCACAUUUCCGGUUUCCUCCAUCCACUCCGUCAGAGAUGCAGGUGCCCGAGGUGCUGCGUUCCCCCAGCAGUGAAGAGUUGCGCAGUCCUGGGAUGUUCAAUGGCCGCCGUAUCGCCCGUGGAUCUGUCUCCGACUGUAGUGAUGGGACUUCUGUCAACUCUGAGAUUGAGGACGGAAACGGAGGUGCGUCAGAGGAGAGAGUGACGGAAAGAGUGGCUGAGAGAGGAGGAGGCGGAUUCCGAGGUGCCGUUCACCCUCGUCUGUCUCACGAGGCUAUGUUCAGGAUGUACGGUGGUCCUGGUCACACAGGUCAUCGAGUGUCAGAUGUUGGUGGACACAGGGUACACCCUGAGCCUCUCUCACCGUUCACAGUUUCACCUCUGCCCGGUCCAGGAGGACCAGGCCUGUUGGCACCACCUCUAUCACCAGCACUCUCCAUGACGCCAGGCUCUCACCUGGCCUACACACCUUCUCCUACCCUGUCCCCCAUGCCUGGCUCCAUCUUCUCCUUCAACCCUGAGGACAUGCAGCGCUACUUGCAAGCUCACACUCAGAGCGUCUACAACUACCACCUGAGUCCUCGUGCCUUCUUUCAUUACCCAAACAUCAUCGUUCCUCAGCCUCAGCGCCCUGAUAAAGGCAUGCCCGGACCCCAGGCCUGCGACCGUGGUCCUGUCGAGAGGCCCUCUGUGCUUAACAGCCAUCACUCCACCUUACCACCGCCUCACGCACACCCUAUUCACCACCACCUCAGCGAGGAACAGCACCACUCACCGUUUAAGUUCAAGCUCCAGCCUCCUCCGCUGGGCAGAAAACAGCGUGACGGUCAGGGUCGCCAGGGCUCGCUGUCCUCCACAUCCACAUCUGGUCUGGGCUCGUCGUUGUCAUUUGGCAGUGACCUCAGUUCAGCCAGCGGAUCAGGACUGGUGUCCAACUCCUCCUCAACUGGCUCCCUGAACAGCGCUGGGUUGCCCAAGAUUAAGGUUGAACCCAUCUCUGACAUCGAGUCUGAAGAGGAAGUUGAAGUGACUGACAUUAGUGAUGAAGAAGCUGACGAAAGGGAUGAAGAGUUUGACGUUUACCCCCCACACUACCAUAAACAUCACCAUCGUCAUCACCAUCAUCAACACCAUUAUCUUCAUAGCCAAAAGCACCAGCAGUCCAACGGCACUAAUGCUGCUCUCCACCACGAUGAGGACUUGGAGGAGGAAGAGGAGGUGUUCAAGGCUCCUGCCCCUCCACCCUUCUUCAUCUCUCCCACCUCUUCAGGCAAUGGUCGAAGAGGAACCCCUGUUAUAAAGAGCGAACCUGUGGAGCCUGGGGACACGCAGCUGCCAUCCGGCGGGCUGCCACAAACACAAUCCCAGUGUAUUCCACUGAAGCUUCGGUUCAAAAGGCGCUGGGACCAGGACCAGCACAUGGAAGAGGCGGAGGACAAGAAAGUGAAAGGAGAAGAGAGGGGGAGAGUGAGGAACGGGACUGUGGAGGAAAGUGGAGAGGCGGAGAGCCCACCUCCUCUUGCUCAUCACAGAGUAAGUGCCGAGCUCCAUCGAGCCACAGCACAGCUGUCACUGGAGAACAAGGACUGCUGAUACGCAUCCACACAUGUAGACUACUGCUGAUACACAACUCUACAACUGCUGAUGGACCCACACUCACACGUGACUCUCUCUAGAUCAAUGACUGCUGAUACUGACAACAGUAAUACUGACACGUACGCUGCACACCUAGACUAACUGACCCUUGCUUAAUCGAAUCCCGCUCCCCCGCAAGCACACGUUCCAGUCCAUCUCAGUGUAACGUUCAUGAGGAAUGAGUUCACCCAUGUGCCCCAGCGACCCUCAGGAGUCAUGAACUUUGACCUUUGGCACUAGAGAAUAUUUUAUAUUUUUUAGAAGAGAAUAUUAUUUUGCAAAGUGCCUGUGAGCUAUCCCUCAAAACCCCACAAGGAGAAACUAGAGAUGGGCAUCGGAAUGACUGGUCUUUUUUUUUUGAGGGAUUUGAUCUCCGUCUCCAGCAUUAUUCUCCUCAGUGACGGACUCUAUGUGAUGUGGUGGGAUACGAAUGCACAGAAAGUCACAAACAGACACUGUUCUAAAACCAGCCUGGUCAGAAGUCCGAACCCUCAGGGACAAAACCCCUCAACACGCACACACACUCAGACAUGACGUCUUGUUCCCAGUAUGAAGCGCGUGUCUGAUUCGAGUGUGAAGGUGUGUUUCUGAAAUCUAGCUGUGUGUUUUCUCAGGAUAUUUCCCUCCUUUCCUUUUCUAUCCAAACCAGCUCAGCUUAAAACUUGCUCUCUUUUUCAUUGUCUUUUAUUUCCCUCUGGGACCAUACCUGAACCACUUUGUUUCCGUUGGGGAGGAAUGACUCGAACAUGCGGUUCAGAGACCAUAUUCUUAACUCUCUUAAACGAUUGGUUCUUUGGUAAUUAGGGUUUGAUUUGACAGUCUGAAGGUGAUACUCUUUAGAGAGUUUACAGUUGUUUAGUUCAGGGGUGUCCAAACUCGAUUCUGGAGCGCCGGUGUCCUGCAAAGUUUAGUUCCAACUCCAAUUAGACACAC